AUGUCUCAUCUCUUUCAGAGAGGACGAGAGAAGUUGGACAAGACCAGAGAAAGCUUGAAGAGACGCGGAGAAUCACUCCGCCGAGGACCCGAGGACACCGAGGAAGUGCGACAACCAAAGAUUCGGAAGACCGGUGAUCCAAUACCGCCGUUGAGACUUCGAAAUCCUACAGGGACGUUAAUAAGUAAACCCGAAGAUAUACCCGAUGAUUGGGAUCCAAAUGAUGAUGAUAUAGAUGAAAAGUAA